UCGGUUCGUGUCAUACGAACGCGUCCGACGUCAAAGUCGCAGCGCAAGCAAUUGCGCAGGCAGUGCAACGAUUCUCGCGUUCGCAGGCCACUAAAAAGUGAUGUAAAUAACAUUUUAAACCCAAAACACUGUAAACAAAGACUUUAAGUACUUAAAUAAUCUAAAAACAAAUCGAUAGACUUAUUGUGACCGCUCAAAACGCCGUAGCAACGGGCUGGUGGAAACUACGACACAAUUGACGUUCUUGUUUGCAAUAAUUAUGUCGUGAUUUCUUUGUUAAAUCGUUCCUCGGAGGUUAAGGAUAAAACUGUCGUUUACCAGAGUGCAGAGUUCCGUUCCCCCUCGUGUAUUGGAUGAUCAGAAAGAGGCUGGCGGCGUGUGUGGAGCGCGCGGCGCGGGGCUCGGGCGCGCGCGGCAGGUGACCGCCGGUGUACGCGGCUGAUGUGGGCGGCGGGCGGGUGCUGCUCGCGGCAAGCAGGCGAGGGCGCGGCGCGGACGCCAGUGAAGACCUUCCAGGCCUAUCUGCCGCCGGCGCACCGGACCUACAGCUGCAUACACUGCCGCGCGCACCUGGCGAGCCAUGACGAGCUUAUAUCUAAGUCGUUCCAAGGCAGCCAGGGGCGCGCGUACCUGUUUAAUUCAGUUGUGAACGUGGGCUGUGGGCCGGCGGAGGAGCGCGUCCUGCUCACGGGCCUGCACGCCGUCGCCGACAUCUACUGCGAGUGCUGCAAGACCAUGCUCGGCUGGAAAUACGAGCACGCCUUCGAAUCCAGCCAGAAGUAUAAAGAGGGCAAGUUCAUAAUAGAACUGGCUCACAUGGUGAAGGAGAACGGGUGGGAUUAGGCGCGCGGCCCCCGCCCGCCGCGGGCCGCGCGCCGACGUGUCAUAUCGGAGACUGUGCGAUGGACUGUGACACUGUGAGCCGGAUCCGUGCGCGUGCCGGAUCCGUGCGCAGCGAGGUGUGAUCCGGCGCAGCGCGCUCAGACGCCGCGGCGCCCCGAAGUAUUUUUCACACACUGAUUAUUAUUAAGCCCCGGCGUCUGACCGCGCGUGGGGAUAUCGCCUUAUGUGCUCCUUACUUUAGUCGGCUUCACGCUUACCCGCCAGUCAACGUAAUACAUAAGUUAUCGAUCUCAGCCUCUCAAGGCUCCGCAUGGGCUUAGGAUUAUAAUUUGAAACGAUUUCGGCCGACCGGCUUUCGUAUAUCGUAAGUUGUCUUAGUUUUUAUAUCGUACCGUAUUAAGAGAACACUUAUUCUUUCUCUUGUCCCCUUAACCUGUGAUAAGUAUGUUAGUGUAGGAUUUUUGGAUCACUUGGAAGGAUUUUCGAGAUGCUCAGAUGUCAGCUGUAUGUUCCUAAUUUCAGCUGUACGAUUUGCUUUUUUAUUCACAAGGUAACUAGUCGAAACGUGGAAGUUUCCUUUAAGUUUUUUUGCGCUUGAUCAAGUGAUUUAUUUUUUAAUUUUAAACAAAAUGGAGCUUUCGAUUGCUCUUAAUUUUUUUUUUAUUGGAACAUUUCAGUAGCUUAAUUUGUAGCUAUUUUAUGACAUUGAGAGAGGUAAUCUUUCUAUCGAUAAUAAAUGUAAGUGCUUAGAAGAGACACUUUGUAUUGUGUCAGUGUCUUCUGUACUUUAAAUAUUAUUUUUGUCUCGUCGAUUUAUGAUUAAUUUUAGUUGACAGAGAGCUGAAUAAGGAGAGGCGAUUAGAAGGUUUUAUUAUUCAUUUAUUGUUUCCGUGGGGUUUUAAUAAUUAGUAGUACGUUUACCCAAUAUUUUAUCUUAACUGCAUGGUACUUCAUUUACGUAAUUGUAAACUUACUUUGUAAGAACUUGCAUGAGCUUCAAUGGGUUUCGUAGUCAGAGCGAGCGAAGCCACGCGACAAACUUAUCUUGUAGUGUAAUGUAAAACAUGUAAUGCCUUUAAACGCACACGAAAAAUUAAACAAAAUUACAGAUUUACUUAUCUAAAGUAGGUACCCUUUAUAUGUACUUUGCGAAAUUUCGGAACGGCUUUUAAAGAUACGUUCUGUACGUAAACAAGCUAUCAAGUAUUUCAUAUAUAAAUAGCUGAAAACCCAGUAUAAUGGGUAUUUGAAAAACAUCCCCUAAAUAUUUUUAUAGCGGUGCUCCCACACUGGCGCGCUGUCCCUAUCACACCAUGUUAUAUACCAUUUAUAACAGCCCAGUGUGGGAGCACCAAUAAAUUUGACAA